AUGGCUGCCGCUAUUGCUAGCGGGCUGAACAAGGCCCAGCAAGCAACUCAGUCUGUAUCGUCCAAGGACAAAAAGAUAGUGGACGUUUCCCGUGACACUGUGGAUGCUCACAGUCACGAACCGCAGACAACCGAUCAUGGAGUUCGCAUUGAAAAUCCCGACAACUGGCUCAAGGUUGCAGACGGCCGCAAGACUGGUCCAUCUCUGCUGGAGGACCAGAUCGCAAGAGAAAAGAUCCACCGUUUUGAUCAUGAGCGAAUUCCUGAGAGGGUUGUCCACGCGCGUGGAACGGGUGCCUUUGGCAAUUUCACACUUUAUGAAAGCGCUGAAGAUGUGAGCCACGCUGGCAUCCUUACUGACACAUCUCGUAAUACCCCGGUCUUUAUCCGCUUUUCCACAGUCCAAGGCAGCAGAGGUAGCGCGGACACUGUGAGAGACGUGAGAGGAUUCGCUGUCAAAUUCUACACGGACGAGGGAAAUUGGGAUAUUGUCGGAAACAAUAUCCCUGUGUUUUUCAUUCAAGAUUCGAUCAAGUUCCCCGACUUUGUGCAUGCCGUCAAGCCUGAGCCACACAACGAGGUUCCGCAGGCUCAGACUGCGCAUAAUAACUUUUGGGAUUUUGUCUAUCUUCACCCUGAAGCAACCCAUAUGUUCAUGUGGGCCAUGUCCGAUCGAGCUAUCCCCCGCUCAUAUCGUAUGAUGCAAGGAUUUGGAGUGAAUACAUAUACCUUGAUUAACAAGGAAGGUAAACGCCAUUUUGUGAAGUUUCACUUCAUCCCUAACCUCGGUGUCCACUCUUUGGUUUGGGAUGAAGCUUUGAAGCUUGCCGGCCAGGACCCUGACUUCCAUCGCAAGGACCUAAUGGAAGCUAUCGACAGCGGCGCGUAUCCGCAGUGGGACUUCGCUAUUCAAACCAUUCCCGAAGAAAAGGAACAUGAUUUCGACUUCGAUAUCCUUGAUGCGACCAAGGUUUGGCCUGAAGAUCUUGUCCCUCUUCGCCGGAUUGGAAAGCUCGAGCUCAACAGGAAUGUGGACGAGUUCUUCCCUCAAACCGAACAAGCCGCAUUCUGUACUAGUCAUAUCGUCCCUGGUAUCGAUUUCUCAGAUGACCCACUGCUCCAAGGCCGAAACUUCUCUUAUUUUGACACACAAAUCAGUCGACUGGGAAUUAACUGGGAAGAACUACCUAUCAAUAGGCCUGUCUGCCCUAUGAUGAACUUCAAUCGAGAUGGAGCCAUGCGCCACCGAAUCAGCAAGGGCACCGUCAACUAUUGGCCAAACAGGUUCGAGGCGCUACCUCCAGCCAAGGCAGAAGAAGGGGCGUUCACCUCGUACCCUGAGAAAAUAUCCGGCAUCAAAAAGCGUGCGCUCAGCGAGAAGUUCCGUGACCAUCAUACCCAAGCGCAAAUGUUCUACAACUCGAUGUCUGAACAUGAAAAAGCGCACAUAAAGAAGGCUCUCACAUUCGAGCUUGACCACUGCGAUGAUCCCAUCGUAUACGAACGUCUUGCUGGGACUAGACUUGCCGAAAUAGACUUGAAUCUUGCCCAGCAAGUCGCCGAGCUAGUCGGGGCUCCUAUCCCUCAGAAACAGCUCAUGCCGAACCCGGGUCACCGCGCAAAAGGUCUAUCACAGACUGAGUUCCCGCCCGAAAAACCUACGAUUGCGAGUCGUCGGAUCGCUAUACUCAUCGGUGAUGGCUACGACCAAGUUGCCUUCACAGGUAUGAAAAUGGCGAUCAAGGCAGCAGGAGCACUACCCUUCGUGAUUGGAACCAAGCGAUCCCCGAUUUAUGCUCAGGGACAGUCUCCCGAGAACUCGAAGGGUGUGAUUGCCGAUCAUAUGUAUGAUGGACAGCGCUCAACAAUGUUUGAUGCUACCUUCAUCCCGGGCGGAUCUCAUGUCACCGCCCUAUCCAAGAAUGGCCAGCUUCGCUUCUGGAUUGUGGAAAGCUUCGGGCAUCUAAAAGCUAUCGGAGCUACUGGCGAAGCUUGUGAUCUCGUCAAUCAGGUGCUAGGUAAAGUAUUGGAUAUCAGGCUUGCCACUCCUACUUCAACAGAGUGCGUUGAAUGGUAUGGCGUGGUAACGGCUGGCUCGACAAAGCCAGAGAGUUUCAAGGAGAGUUUCCAGAUUGCCAAAGCAGCAAAGGACUUUGUGGGCCAAUUUUUUUACCAAAUUGCGCAGCACCGGAACUACCAGCGUGAACUGGAUGGCCUCAGCGCGGCAUUAGAUUGGUAG